GCCAUUUCAACAGUUGAAUUUUGUGCUGUCAACGUUCUCAUCUGUAUCAUGGAUUAGAUGGGAAAAUGUCAAAGCAGAACACUCAAGAUGGAAGGAAGGAGAUACAGAAGCGGACUUUUACCAGGUGGAUGAAUGUGUACUUAAGCAAACGGGACCCUCCAGCAGAAGUUCACGAUCUCUUUAUUGACAUUCAGGAUGGGAGGAUACUCAUGACUUUACUGGAGGAGCUGACUGGCUGUACACUGCUUUACAGGUUCAGAUCCUCCUCUCAUCGCAUUUUCAGACUCAACAACAUUUCCAAAGCCUUAGCGUUCCUCGAUGACCGCCAUGUAAAGUUACAGGGAAUCGAUGCCUCUGCAGUGGCCGAUGGAGUGCCCUCUGUUGUUUUAAAUCUCAUCUGGAACAUCAUCCUCCAUUUUCAGGUAAAGGAGAUGACAGGAGGAUUACGCAGGCGCUUGUCCUCCAGUCUCUUUUCUUUAUCGGCAGGCAGUGAUCUCUCAGAGCUCACAGACGAGUCGAUACCAAACUCAGGCCGAAACACUGCAAAAAGCCCCAAGUACAACAGGAAAACCAUCAAGAGUCUACUGCAGUGGGUCCAGAGAUGCACCGUCAAGUUCGGGGUUGAUGUUCAUGACUUUGGGAGGAGCUGGAGAAGCGGCCUGGCCUUCUUAGCUCUGAUAAAAUCCAUAAACCCGGACUUGGUGGACUUGAGACAAAGCUUCAACAAAGACCCAGAGGAAAACCUGGAGCAGGCCUUCAGGACAGCCCACCAGAGCUUGGACAUACCCCCUCUACUGGAGCCUCAAGAUAUGAUGUGCAGCUAUCCAGAUGAGAAGUCCAUCAUCACAUAUGUUUCUAUGUUUUUGAGGCAUUGUCCAGAUAUAGUUGAGGAUCUAUCUGCAGCAGCGACCUCUCCGCACAUCUCCCAGUUCAGAUCUCUGGAGACUCUUGUGGAUAGAGAAGAUGUCCAACCUGUGUUUACGAGUUUUGAGACAAGCCACGAGCUGUUGCUAUGGAAACGCUGGGCCCGACGCUCCUCCAACUCUGCUCUGCAAAAGAAACGCAAAUCUUCAAGCGCCCUGCAACCUCCCAGCCCUUUAGACGCCAAUGUGGUCAACCCAGAGAUCCAUUCAUGGCUGGAUAAAUCUGUGGAUCGGGGAUACAGUAAAACAAAAGCUAAUGAAAUUCUCUUUUCACUGAGUUCAGAGGAAGGAAUCUAUAGCCUGACCCCGCUAGAUUCAGAUGAGGAGGAUGCCUACAGCUACAUUUUGGACUUGAACGAAGAUGUGUCAGAAAUUCAAGCUAAAAGACAAGUACUAAGAGUAGAGGAGGAAAAUGAAAAAAUUAGUCCGAUCAGUGAUAAGGAACAAGAUGAGUUUUUCACAAAUUCUUGUAACUGUGAGUCAGAUGUUCAAGUUCUAAUAAAGGAUUUGAAUGGAAAAUGCAAAAAUAUGCCAGCAAAUGUUGACCAAAGACAAACUGGUACAUUUGAAAACGCUGAGUUGAAGAAAAGAGCUGAAAAAGAGCCACUCAAAAAGCAAGUAGAAGAAAUAUCUCAACAAACAACAAGUCUGGAAUUUGACAAUGCGAUUGAAUUUCAGCCUCAAAGUAAUCAAGAUUGGGAAGGAAAGAACGAAGAAAUAUCGGCAAAUAUUGAAAAUGAAGAAGGAACUGACAACACACAAGAUGUUGCUUUGAUCAUAGAAUGGCUUGAAAAAACACAGAAUGAAGUAGGUUGGGCAAAGAAGAAGCCUACUGAAGAUCAAUAUAACAAGAGUGAUGGAUCAGAAAAUAAACUGCAAACGCCAAAUGUUUCGAUUGCAGGCAAUGAAUAUGUAGACACAAAAACUGCCUCUUUUAUUGAAAACCUGGAAGAAUAUUUGAAAGAAGCAAACAAUGAAAAUGAAUGUGAGAGAUUUGGACAUAAGGACAUAGUCAGUGAGAUAGGACCAGGCAUUGACACAAAAAGGCACGACGCCAAAGGGAGCGUAAAUGUUUCAAAGGCCACCGACCAGAAUGGAGACACGUCUUCACGUUCAAAUAAAACAUAUCAAGCAGCAUCAUUAUCAAGUGAAAAGAGAGUCCUGGUUCAGUCAGUGGCGCCUUCUAGUGGUAUAAGCCGGGUUGAGCUCCACAUCCUCCUGUUUCUUUCGAUGAUGCUAUACUGUUACUUCAUUGUACGUGAAAUUACCGGUUAUUAAACAUAAAACAGAGCGAACUGUCAUCUGUCAACUGUAAUCCCUCAGUCGUCCAGGUCUGAUCCACAGCAAAAGACGAAGUUUAAAUCUGUCAACUGGACAAAUUGUUGUAGGAAUGAAGACGUUUCGCUGCACAUCCAAGCUGCUUCUUUAGUUCUGCUCAGAUUGCUGGUGGUGUCACGUAAGGCAAUCCUUCCUUAAACAGGAAUGGGGGCCUGACACAUAAUCUUUCACUGAUCUACAACUCUAUCCUCAGACCCAAAACAAACAGGAACAAAGAGAACUAUAGACAUCCAUUGCAAGUUGAAUAGGGUCGUUAAGACUGAAACUGGAAACAAUAGCUGUUUACAGUUUCAGUGUAGUUAGCCCCUCCCUUUAGAUCAGACAUGUGACCACCAAACGUGACCAAAUUAUAUUAAAAUAGGUAAUGGUAAACCUUAUUCAAAGUUUUUCUGCUGCGUUUAUUUAACUGAAAUUUAAUUAAUGCAUUUGGGAAACAAUUUGUACAAUGAGCCUUGCAUAUUCGAGCUUUGCUACAUGUUACAGGCCAAAUCUCGAAUGUAAUAUAUACACAUAUGUAUCCUGGCCCGGCCCCUCUGUCAAAUUUUAGGACCCAUUAUGGCCCAUGUGUCAAAAAGUUUGCCCACCCCUGCUUUAGAUAGAUAUAAGGCAGAGUCCACCAGUAAUCUGACCAGAACUGAAGCGGCUUAGAUGAGCAGCGAAAUGUCUUCACUCCUACAAUGAUUUGUCCAGUUGACAGAUUUAAAUUUUGUCUUUUGCUAUAGAGUAAACAGUGGUCAGAACGUUGUCUAGAAUCAGAAAGCUGAAACCCAUUAAAGUAAUUCAAGUCAGUCAGCUUGCAUACUAUAUUCUGACCACAUGAGGGCAAUGCAACCUAACAAUGGAAAUACAUGUAGCAGCACUAUGCCUCAUAAUCUCUGUAAAACCAGUUGAUUAAUCAUCAGCUGUAUCCAAUCACAGCUCAAUCUAAUCAAAUUUAAUGAGAUUUGUGACAUUUGAGGUUCUCUUCCUGCUUCCGAAUUCACAUAUUAUUGGUUCAUCUUGUCUUUUGUAUCUCAUGUUAUCAACAAGUGUGUGACAUUUUGAUGAUUUUUGAUUAAAAUUUCACUUGAUGUGGUUUGAAUCUCGCUCUCUGCAUACAAAAUAUAGGGACA